AUGGCUCCGUGGCCUCACGGGAACAGCUCUCUGGCCUCGUGGCCAGACGCCCCCACCCUGGCGCCCAUUGCCGCCAACACUAGCGGGCUGUCAGGGGUGCCGAGGGCGGCGGCAUUGGCCGGGGCGCUGUUGGCGCUGUUAGCGCUGGCGACCGUGGGCGGCAACCUACUGGUGAUCGUGGCCAUCGCCCGGACGCCGAGACUCCAGACCAUAACCAACGUGUUCGUGACUUCGCUCGCCGCAGCCGACCUGGUGGUGGGGCUCUUGGUAGUGCCCCCGGGGGCCACCGUGGCGCUCACUGAUCACUGGCCCCUAGGCGCCACUGGUUGCGAGCUGUGGAACUCGGUGGACGUGCUGUGCGUGACCGCCAGCAUCGAAACCCUGUGCGCCCUGGCCGUGGACCGCUAUCUGGCUGUGACCAACCCACUGCGUUACAGCGCUCUGGUUACCAAGCGCCGCGCCCGGGCGGCCGUGGUCCUGGUGUGGGUUGUGUCCGCUGCGGUGUCAUUUGCGCCCAUUAUGAGCCAGUGGUGGCGCGUGGGGGCCGACGCCGAGGCGCAGCUUUGCCAUUCCAAUCCGCGCUGCUGCGCCUUCGCCUCCAACAUGCCUUACGCGCUGCUCUCCUCCUUAGUCUCCUUCUACCUUCCGCUGCUUGUUAUGCUCUUCGUCUACGCACGAGUUUUCAUCGUGGCGACGCGCCAACUGCGCUUGCUGCGCGGAGAGCUGGGGCGCUUCCCACCAGAAGACUCUCCACAGGCUCUGCCUUGCUUUCUGCCCCCAGCUCCGGCGGGGCCGUGCGCUUCACCUGCAGGGGUGCCCUCGUGCGGUCGACAGCCCGCGCGCAUUCUGCCUCUUCGCGAACACAGGGCUCUGCGCACCUUGGGUCUCAUCAUGGGCACCUUCACUCUCUGCUGGUUGCCCUUCUUUGUGGCCAACGUGGUGCGCGCCAUCGGGGGCCCCACUCUAGUUCCCAGCCCGGCUUUCCUCGCCCUCAACUGGCUGGGCUUUGCCAACUCAGCGUUCAACCCGCUCAUCUACUGCCGCAGCCCGGACUUUCGCGGCGCCUUCCGCCGCCUGUUGUGCCGCUGCGGCAGCUGCCGGCCGGUGGAGCCCCGCGCCACCGCUUCCCCCGUCCGCAACUCCGCUGGUGCGCCUGUGGCCCUGGCCUGCCCCGCGGAGUCUAGGCAGUCCCCACCGCUAACCGGGUAG